UGUUCCUGGUGUUGAGGGACUCUGCCUCCCAGCCCGUCCCUCUGUGUGUCCACUGGAGGAGAGAGUGGACAUAUCAGAGACAACCCCAUACAGGCAGGACACACACAUUGUCCUGGCUGUGUCUCACCUCUGACCUCCAGCCUGAUCACAUGACUCAGAGGGCUCCUGGUACUGCCAUGUGCACCAUACAGCUGACAGCAGCCAAUGGUGCUCUGUCCAUCAUCAACCCACUGUAUCUCCAUGAGCAUGGCGAUGACUGGCUGACGCAUCAACCAACCAGCCCACAGCGAGUUAAUCGGCCAUCCAAUUAUAAGUGUGAGAGACGACUGAGUACCAGACCUUGGCCAGGGGCGGAUCUUCUUACUAAGAGAUCUAUCUCAUUGGAGCAGGAGCCCUGCAACUCUAGUCCUAAUAAUCCAGGGUCUCCUGUAGUCCAGGCUGCCCCGUCUCCCCCCACCCCUAAAGAGGUGGUGGUUUUGAGGAGCCCCAGUAAUGAUGCUUCCAUUGAGUCACUCCACAGAACAGGGAGCCAGGACCGCACUACCAGGCCCCCCUCAGACCCCAAGCCCCUGUUCAUCCCUGCCCCUCAGUCGCCUCAGAGGGUGUCCUGGAUUGAGGACAAUGUAUGGCUCUCCCUCCUCCACCCACCCUCCCCGGAGCUAGACUCGCUGUCAAUCAACAGCGUCGAGGAGGAGCCGGAGUCGGUCACCAGUCCCUCCCACUCCCCCCACCCCUCGCAUCGGUUGGCCGACAAGGUGAUGCACCGCCUCUCGGUUGUGGGCCUCGCCAUUGGUGGGCUGGGGCGUUCACAGAAGAGGCUGACCAAGCGGGUGCAGGAGCUCAGCAAGCGGAGGGACGGAGUGUUUGCCGAGGCAGUGAUGGGAUUCGUUGAGAUGACCCUGGGGGCUGGGUUUAUCCCUGACAUGACAGGUGCGGACAUGCUUCAGGAGGUGCGUACGGCUCUCACUGCCCUGAGAGAGACACUGCUGGACUGUCCUGAGAUACACAUCUUCAUAGACAGUAUGGCCGACACAACAGACUGGGAGCUGGAUGCCAUACUGGAGCGCUCCCUACACAAGGUGGCCCUAAAGCCUGUGAACGCCCACCUGUACACCUGCCUCCAGAGCUGUCGGGACCACGACGGUAGCCUGCGGAAGCUGAGGGAGAACCAGCGGCUCCUGGAGGGCCGGGGGGUGGAGGAGCUGGAAGGGACGCCUGGGGCGGGGGUCCCUGACCCUGUCACCCUGGAGAAGAUCCAGCAGAGGUGGUCAGCCAUGCACCAGUCCUACUCCCCCAGCAGGAAGGUCCAUAUCCUGCUCAAGGUCUGCAAGACCAUCUACCACAGCAUGACGGCCAAUGCCAACCCAGGUGUGGUGUAUGGGGCUGAUGACUUCUUGCCCUGUUUGACCUGGGUAAUUCUGCGUGGUGAUGUGGUCACUCUGCAGCUGGACACUGACUACAUGAUGGAGCUACUGGACCCCACACAGCUGCAGGGAGAGGGAGGUUACUACUUGACGUCCCUGUAUGCCUCUCUCUUCUACAUCAGCAGCUUCCGCCCUCGUCUCGCCACGCGCCAGCUCAGCACCGAGGCCCAACAAUCCCUGAGCCAAUGGCAACGCAGGCGCACUCUGCACUGCAACCAAUCACGACGCAGCACGAAUCGGAGGACCCUCCGGAGACCUGGGCACGGCGAGAAGGGCAAGGAGUACUCCAGUGAUGCAGAGCCGGAAACUGGCACAGGAAGUGUAACUGAUGACCCACCGGCACCCUCUAGUGUUCGGGCAAAGGCACUGCACAUAAUCUCAGAGGUUGUGGUAGCGGUGAGGGAGGAGGAGGGCAGCAGAGUGGAGGGCCAAGGACCCCCAGCUAUACAACUCCAGACCUCACCUCAGAAGGGGAGACAGGACUCAGGUUAGUCUCCGCAGCGUCCAUGAGGCCCUCCACAGAUGCUACCCUGCACAGCAUGGCCUUCGCUCCAGAUCAAAACUCCAAACCUACAACCUCAUUUUGGCCAAAAUUAACCGGAUAGAUUACUGCUACCAAGGUUUCCUGUUUCCAAGCUAUACGGAGGGUGCUCUAGCAAAUAAACAGCAGAGACCCGAGGACACCAUCCAACCUGGAACUGAGUGAGUAGUGUUUGGUCUGAUGCUAUUUUGAAAGCCAAAAAGAAAAAGAAAGUACAUUACAAUGAUAUAUUUUAUUUUAUGGGUACUGAUAGCUGAGGUAAGGCUCCCAGGCUUGCUAGGACAGACCAGAUACAAAUUCAAUUAGCACUAAGGUGCGAAGGCAAAGGUGUCGAGGCCUUUGGGCCCAACAAGUUGCAGGAGUCUUUGAAGCAUCCUCUGAAGCCACCUCCUGCUGUUCAGAGACCAGUCGCUGGGAUUUUCUACAAGAAAUCUGCCUCCAGAAAUAAAAGUUUCUCCCAAGUAGGUGUGACACCUAUUCCUGUUGCCUGCUGCACUGCUGCUUGGAUUCCACCUGGCGAUCUGUUCACCGUCUGCCCUGGCCUGUCUCCCCCUGUCUGGUACAGGUAUCCCCACCACACUCACCCCUCUCACCCGAGCUUUCACUCACCUCCAGCACUCACGCACUGUUGGGGCGAGUGGCUCUGAACUUACAAUGGCUAAACCCAAGUCGUUAUAUAUUUUCUUAUUUUCUUGUGCAUUUUGCUAUUUUGCUUUUUGACUCAUGACUCCUGCAUACUUUGUUGACUACAAACUUUCUUUACCCAAACGUGGGACAGACUAUGCUUGUACCCACACUCAGGACUCUGACUCUCUAUUGGUUACACAGACUUUUGGCCUCCCAUCCUAUUCUAACCACCUCUCGCCGGCUUUGUAUUCAUGUCACCUGAUGAAAUUGCUGU